AGACUGUAAAUAACAAGGAUUACACUGUAAAUGGGUGUGAUCAGAUUGAUUGGCUGGUCCUUAUUUAAAAAAAUACAUUUAAAGAUAAUACGAAAACCUGGACAUUUCCACUGAUGAUAGCAACAUCUCUCCUACCCAGAACUGAUAAAAGUACAAAAUAUUGGUGACAACGCAUUCUUUACCGUGUGCCAGGUUUUAGUGGGAACGUUUAUGAAGAAUAUAGGGUCGCUCCUGUCUUCCUCGCUGUGGUUGCUAAAAGAAUUUGCUACACUCUUAUGCGCAAGACAACAAAGGAUAUUAUCUAUUAUAUCCGAAAUUUUAAGGUAGUUGUUAAUGUGUUGGGAUGGUCAGGUGGUACAUUGCUACCCAUCCUUUUCCUUACUUUUCCUGAGCAAAGAAGUGCUGCUUUCAUAAGUGUACGUUUCGGUGGGAGUGUAAUUAAUGCGAUUAUGGCCGUUUGUGCGUUCUCAAUCGUGGCCUUUUUUUUUUCGUCCUUUGCUUCAAGUAUAAUUUCUACAAGGUUGGGUUUUAUAUUAGGUUUAUAUGUCCUGUCAGUUCUUGGUAGAACAACCUUUGAAAUAUGGAUAAUCAGCAUGCUGAGAAUGCCACCAUGGGCUACAUGGACAGUUUUAACAGCUAUCUCAACAUAUGAUUUGCUAGCUACAAUUUAUCCAGCAGAUUACUUAAGAAUGUUGAUCACGAUAGUUGGUGAACGACAAGAGGAUAUUCCAGCACUAGUAUAUUUGGCAGGUAUGGCAAGCUUAGACAUUGAUAAUAAUGUAAUUGGAUGUUAUCGGACACAUGAAUUAAUGAACUUUUUACUUUCUCAUGCUAUGUUCAACACACCCAUCCUGAACAUGAUAGUGGUGAUGAUGAGUGCGAUGACCUAAAUGGUACCAAGCUGAAUUUGGGUGACGUUAUUUUUUUAUUGCAUUUUUGUACGGAAGGCGACGAGUACAAAUGAAGGUACGCUCUGCUUAUAAAACAAGCUAUCCCUGGUUUAUAUAUAAAUAAACUCUAUUUCUAGACAAUAGUGUAAAGAAGAAUUACACAUAAUCAAAAGAAUAAAACGGCUGGUUUGGAUGUGCACUUC